UGUCCGUCUGUACUCCAUCCGUAAGCAAGCUGGAAACUAUCAAGGCAGUAGCAUCACCACUCCGUAAAUCAGAGGCGCAUUCCAGAAGCUUGGAGAAUAUUUCUACAGAAUCUUCUUGCUACGAAAUGGGUGACUAGGCUACUACGUGUAGAUGAAUAGUCCAAGUAUUGUAUUCUGUUAUGAAGUCUAUCUAUAAAUAUUCAUUAAUGUGCAGAGGACAUUGUAUUCAAAAAUAAAUAUAUUCUACACACGGCUUUCAUUGAAACCUUUUUACAAACAUCUCUGCUGCUCUAGUUUUAUUAGAAACACACUAUAAAAAGGACUCACUCCAUAAAAAGGACUCACUCUAUAAAAAUGACUUUCUUCUUCCACCUCUGAAUAUACAACUAGCUAGUACUUGAUCAAUCUUUAGUUGUGAUUGUUGAUCUGGACGUCGAGAAUGGCCGACGACAGAAGGAUGUUGCGUCCGGCGAUAGGGAUAGACCUGGGGACGACGUACUCCUGCGUUGCUGUGUGGCAACAUGAUAGAGUAGAGACAAUAGUUAAUGAUCAGGGGAAUAGAACGACUCCAUCGUGUGUCGCAUUCAUGACUGAUAUGCAGCAGUACUUCAUCGGUGAUGCCGCCAAGAACCAGAUCGCCAUGAACCCCACCAACUCCGUCUUUGACGGCAUGGAGCCUAAAAGGAGCCGGAACCCGGAUCAAUCAGUGGCUUAUGGAGCCGCUGUCCAAGCUGCAAUCAUGGCUGGUACGAGGAAUGAGAGAGUUCAAGACAUUGUGCUUGUAGAUGUCAUUCCUCUAUCCCUUGGGGUGGAGUCCAACGAUGGUAUAAUGUCUGUUGUGAUUCCAAGAAAUACCGCCAUUCCCACCAAAAUGGAACGAAACUACACAACGGUCGAGGACAACCAAACUAGUAUUUUGUUCUGUGUUUACGGGGGAGAAAGAACAAGAGCUGCGGAUAAUUAUUUGUUGGGAAAAUUUACGCUUUCUGGCGUUCCUGCUGCACCUAGGGGUAAGAUUACGGUUGUUGUCUCCUUUCAUAUUGACAUCAAUGGCAUCUUGAAGGUUUCUGCUAGGGAGAAAACCUCCGGCGUGAGCGAAAGGAUCACUAUCACCAACGACAUGAGGGCGAGAGUGACCGAGAAAGAGAUCAUUAAUAGGAUGAUCAAGGAUGCAGAGAUUUUCAAGGCUGAAGAUGAUAAAUACAAAGAGAAAGCCAAGGCUAAGGGAAUUUUAGAGGGCUAUGCCUACGAGAUGAAAAAUGCUUUGGAGGAUGAAAAUAUUCGUUCCAAGCUUGAGCCUGCAUUUAAGAAGCAGAUUGAAGAUGCCAUUCUCCAUUUGACUCGGUGGUUAGACUACGUUCAGCUUGUGGAGGCAGACGAAAACUUGAUCAAAAAGAAUCUGAAAGAGAUUAAACAAUACUACGAUCCCUUCAUUGCAAAGAUCAAACAAAACUUUGAUAACGACGCCAAUGGCAUCUUGGAGGUUUCUUCUCGGGAGAAAACCUCGGGCGUGAGCGACAGGAUCACUAUCACCAACGAUAUGAGGGCGAGAGUGACCGCGGAAGAGAUUAAUAGGAUGAUUCAGGAUGCAGAGAUUUUCAAUGCUGAAGAUGAAAAAUACAAAGAGAAAGCCAAGGCUGAGGGAAUUUUGGAGGGCUAUGCCUCCGAGAUGAAAAAUGCUGUGGAGGAUGGAAAGAUUCGUUCCAAGCUUGAGCCUGCAUUUGAGAAGCAGAUUGAAGAUGCGAUUCUCCAUUUGACUCGGUGGUUAGACUACGUUCAGCUUUCGGAGGCAGACGAAAACUUGAUCAAGAAAAAUCUGAAAGAGAUUAAACAAUACUACGAUCCCUUCAUUGCAAAGAUCAAACAACAUAAAUAAUCGAGCAGCUCCAGUUGAUCAAGUUAGAGAUGACUGCUAUAUAUGUAGUCGAUCUGCCGAAUGGAACUCGUACUAAAGUUGCAGCGAUAUAAUUAAUAUGUUACCACUUUGUUUGUCGGACCUUUUAAUUGUACUAGUUUUAAUAUUGUUGGUGUGUUUAAAUUUGCAGUAGUACUGUUCGAUCGUUACAUGUUGCAACAUUUGACAUUUAUGGUGUGAAAUUUCUGGUUGUUGUUAUAUAUAUGUUGGUGUUGAUCUGA